GCCCACCCUCACGCAUGCGCAAGCACACCCCCCCCCCAACACGUCCCGCGGGCGCACUGACAGGAACAGGGUCUCAGCGCUGGGGGAGACCACUCGAACCCAAGCCAAUGGUCCGGACAUAGACGCCCCCGCCCACUAUCUGGAGUCCCGCUGCGGGGUCCCGGGCAUCCUCCCCACCGCCGAUCAGCGCUUCUUCCCACGGGGCCCACGCUCUAACCUCUGCCGUUAGGAAGGUGGGCAACCAGGACCUUGAGAGUUACUGGGAAAUCCGGAAACUGGAUAUCCGGCUUCACUAAACCGGAGGGGGAACCAGGAAGAUGGCGGAGCUGCGCGUGCGCAGCACUCUACACCGCCCGGGCGCAAGUACUGCUGGUUAGUGACUGAACCUGGUUUGGGACUCCCACAUCCAGUCGCUCCACCCCUGCAAGCCAGCUAAGUGUGGCGGGAUAGGACUCCGGAGGCUGCAGGUGUCCGCGGUGCGGCAGAGGGCGGGGCCUGGAACCGGCGCGGGCCGGGAGCGAAGGCUGAGCCCCUGCAGUAAAUGGCUACAUAAUUUGCAGAACAGCCCGUAGGAAAGAAAUGUUUAGAUUCACUCAAAAUUUUCCCAGAUUCACCAAGAUUAUAUCAGAGUCACCAAUGGACAGGUGAUUCCUGAGCAGCAAGAUAAGGUCUCUUAAGACUUCUGGCUUCCAACUUUCCCUGUUCUGGCUUCAUAGUUUCUAUCCUUUCCCAAGAGCAACAGAAAAUGAACAAGUAUCAGGGACCAGUAACGUUCAAGGAUGUUACUGUGGAGUUCACCCAGGAGGAGUGGCAGUUACUGAACGCUGCUCAGAGGACCCUGUACAAGGAAGUGAUGCGGGAGAACUACAGUCAUCUAGUCUCAGUGGGUUACCGUGUGAAUAAGCCGAAUGCAGUCUUCAAGUUGAAGCAAGGAAAAGAACCAUGGAUACUGGAGGUGGAAUUUCCAGGUCGGAACUACCCAGAAGACCUGUGGAAGAUUCAUGACUUAGGAACAAGAUCCCAGGAAAGCCAAGCUGAAAAUUCAAGGAAUGGAGAACUCACAAAACCCCAGCAAACUCCUGCCAGAGAGAAAAUCUAUAAAUGCAGUGAAUGUGGAAAGUCCUUCUGCCAGAAGUCUAUCCUCCUAAUACAUCAGCAUACUCACUCAAAGGACAAACCCAGGGAAGGUGAGACAUCGGUCCCUAGAAAUGGAGACCUCACAAGACAACAGAAAGCCCAAACCAGAGAGAAAACCUAUGAAUGUAAAGAAUGUACGAAAACCUUCUACCACCUGUCCUCUCUUAGUAGACACUUGAGAACUCAUGCAGGAGAGAAACCCUACGAAUGCAAUCAGUGUGAGAAAUCCUUCUACCAGAAGCCACACCUUGUAGAACAUCAGAAAACACACACAGGAGAGAAACCCUUUGAGUGUAACGAGUGUGGGAAGUUCUUCUAUGUUAAGGCAUACCUCAUGGUACAUCAGAAAACACACACAGGGGAGAAGCCGUAUGAAUGCAAGGAAUGUAAGAAAUUCUUUUCCCAGAAAUCACACCUCACGGUACAUCAGAGAACACACACGGGGGAGAAACCCUAUAAAUGUAAGGAAUGUGGGAAAUUCUUUUCUAGAAAUUCCCACCUCAAAACUCAUCAGAGAACUCACACAGGAGAGAAACCCUAUGAAUGUAAGGAAUGUGGAAAGUGCUUCUACCAGAAGUCAGCCCUCACAGUGCACCAGCGAACUCACACAGGGGAGAAGCCCUUUGAAUGUAAUAAAUGUGGAAAAAACUUUUACUAUAAAUCAGACCUCACUAAACACCAGAGAAAACACACAGGGGAGAAGCCCUAUGAAUGUCAAGAAUGUGGUAAAUCUUUCUCUGUGAAUUCAGUCCUUAGAUUACAUCAAAGGACUCACACAGGAGAGAAACCCUAUGAAUGUAAGGAGUGUGGGAAAUCCUUCUCUCAGAAGUCCCAUUUUAUUAUACAUCAGAGAAAACACACAGGGGAGAAACCCUACGAAUGUCAGGAGUGUAAGAAAACUUUUAUCCAGAAAUCAAAACUCACUGCCCAUCAGAAGACACACACGGAGGAAAAAGCUUAUAAACAGUAUGAAUUGGGAACUUCUUUCUGAAUCAUCCUUUCGAAUAAUCAGAUGAUUCACACAAGACCAAAAAAAGUAGGAAUAUCAUCUAAAUGGUAAAGUUUUGGUCAAAAUUUUUGGCAGAAAGGAAAUAACACAGAAAUUCUUUGAAUCUAGAAGGAAGAAAUUUUUAUCACAUGUCAGACUUUAGUAUCAGACACCCUACAAAUUGUAAAGCAUGAGAGAGACCUCUCUUAUAGAAGUCACAAUAAUACUGUACAACAUGGAAAUCACACAAGAGAAGAACUAUUAAAAAAAGAAAUGAAGAUUGGGAGCUUUUCAUCAGGGCAGCCAUCACUAGACCACCUGAAGCUCAUAUGAAUGAGAAGCUCCUGACCGUGUAGUUCCUGAGCAGGUAGCCUCCGAACACUCGGAGGGGUAACUAGAGAUUGACACAGAUCCAGGAGCCCUUUUUGAGAAGUGGUGUCUCUGUGACCUUCAGAUGAACGACGCCAGGAUAGAACCUUGGCAGACGUCUCAAGUAUUGUCAGGGUUUCCUGACAAGAACUCAGAGAAUCUGUACUGGGUGAGAGUCAGUUACACCGGAAGUCACGUUGCGGCGACUGGAUUCUGAGGGUGGGGUUCUUUUUUUCUUUGAAGAAACCUGCAAAUGUCUACAUAGAUAGAUGAAGCUUUUUCAAAAGCACAAACACACUAAAAAGUCAGGUGACAUCCUUAAACCCACGUGAAAAGCUUUUUAGUAAGUAGAGCUGACGUGUGUCCGCGAGCUACUGCGCAGGGCACGGAUGUCUGUGAGUACACGCAUCCCAUCUGGAACUGUACACGGAAGUGCGUAACUGCGGCGCCGUGGCUGGCACAUACGUGAGCUGACCUUACAUCGCCUCACAGCAUUGACUCCUAUUGUUCUAGUGUGUAUUUUAAGUGUAAUGUUCUUUUAAAAUUUUAGGCAUCUUUUUCUAUUUCCUGGCAUUUUUAAGUGAAUACGGAUGUUGUUACUGAGCUAAUUCUUCAGAAAGGAGCUAAAAGUCUUUUUUGUAAAAUUCUCCAAUUGUCUUAUGGUCAGCCAAAUUUUACAUUAGGAACACGUUUACUCAUAAGAAAAGACUGAGUUUAUUUUUAAAACCAGCUAAUGACAACAGUAUGAUAAAAACGAAUAAUGCUGUGUAAAGAAGUCGUGUCUGUCGUACUGUGGAUGUCUUAGCAGGGUGCAGAGCUAUCUGCAUGGAAAUUUUGUGUGAGGAAGAAUGUUCUUCACUACCUUUUUCCUCAUAGUGGAAGCAACAUGGUAGUCAUUAAGAGUGUGGACUCUGGACUCCUACUGCCAAGGCUCAAAUUCACUGGGGCGUGCCACUUAACCUCCCUGUGCCUCGGUUUCCUUUUCUAUAAGAGAAGUGAGAAUGUUAGAAUUGCUUUGAGGUAUGAAUUAAUAUUUUUAAAGCACUUAGAAUAGUAUCUGAGACACAAGAAAAGCAUAUAUUCGAUAUGACUAUCAUAAUUUCUAUUUCUUGAACUAUGCUGGGAAAAAAAACAUGGUUGGCUACCAACAGUCACCACUCAUGCUAUCGCUGUAGUGCCUUGGUUUGGCUUGGUUGUGCAUUUUCCUACAAAUGACUCACAUACUCAGAUGUGACCCACUGCCUGUUUUUGUAGCCUUACAAGCCAAGAAUGGUUUUACAUUUCUAAAUGGUUGGAAAAAAAAGAAUAUUUUGUGACAUGUGCCAAUUAUAUUCAGAUUUCAGUGUUCAUAAAUAAAGUUUUAUUAGAACACUAAUAAACUAAUAAAACAGAGACCGCUGUCUCGGUCUUGCCGGAGGCUGCCUUCAGCACUUCAAGAAGAGAACUGAAUAGUUCCGACGGAGACCAUAUGGCUCACAGAGCCUAAGGUAGUUACCGUCUGGCACUUUACAGAGUUAAGUUUUUCUGUUACUUAGGACUGAAAACAUAAUCAAUGUAUACAGUGUGCUUUUAUAUAUGCUACAUACUUCAGAAGUGAUGCACACAGCAUUUUGUGGGUGGGUACAGUGUAUUUAUUUUGUAUGUUGUAUUUAUAUGUUAAAAGCCUAAGCAUUAGAAAUUUUUUCAAAGAAAUGGCUUUUAUUUGUUGAACUGUCAUAAAAUCCAAACAUUUUAUGAUGGAAUGUAGCAGUACAUGUAUGAAAUAAACACUAAGUUAAAUAGAAUUGUUAAUUUGUGCCUACUUAAAAUAUUCCUUUAUUUUAUUAUAAGUCUAUGGCCAGAUUUCCCUGUAUGAUUUUAUAAUUUUCUCACACUCCCAUGAUAUAAUACCUUCUUUAUGUCAUACUUAAUAUAAUUUAAAAACAACAAAACCCUCACAAUACCCAACCCAAUUCCACCAGGUACAUUACGAAUAAUCUGCAUUACUAGUAAAAUUAUUUUAAUUGCCUGAACUUCAUUCAAUUGUCAAAUGCUGCUCCAAUCCAAAUCCUGCCCUUACCUCCCUUUCCUAACAAUGACUUUAAUGAUGAUCAACUUCUUACGCAUGCCUCAUUCUCCUUUGUCUGAUGUUUACCACUAAUGAACACCUACUAUAUUUAGUGAUUGCUUCAUUAUUUACAUAACUUCCAAAUAUUCAAAUACAAGAUAGUUACCAAAAUUCUACCCAACACUAACAUGAGUAUAUCAUCUUGAUUAUAGCCAUCUUUAGAAUAGUUCUUUAUUUCAACCUGCUAUGAAA